AUGGAGCCCUCCGCACACAAGGUCGAUGAUACUGUGACAGGCGUCAUGAUCUCACAGGCAUCAUUCGAGAGAUUGCCACUCGAGCUCUUCGAGUGUAUCACAGAAUGCCUCUCACCGCGAAGUCUGGCAUCGCUACGCUUAGUGUCAAGAGCCUCCGCUCGCCGCUCUUUUCGGACAUAUAUCGCCACUUGUUUCACGACAAUAGAUGUCGUGCUCAGCGACGAGCACAGUCUGCAAAACGCACUGGAGCUUGCGGAUCAUCCGGCAUUUGGCAAAAAGGCCAGCAUCCUCAAUGUUCACCUGGACUGCCUGCCCCGGCUCCAUCCCGACCAUGAAGACUGGGCCUACUGGUUUGACCAAGAGUCGUACUCACGCGAAAACUUCGGUCUGCAGCAUCUCUUCAGCCUUCUGUGGGCGAACAGAGAUAAUCUCACCACAAUCCGAAUGAAGUCCGGCGCCCCACGCUGCUGGAAGCGGUGCUGCUGGCCAGCGGGAAGGGCGGUCGGCGAUGAUGGGCGAGCCGUAGCGCACAGAAUGAAGCCACCGAGUCGUACCGAUAUGACAAAUUUCUUGAACAUCAUUAGUACUCUGGGCAUGUCCGGUGCCAUCAUCACCGACCUAGAAAUCGUGGCCGAGCACAGCUCAUCCUGGAGUCUACCUUUACACGAAGUCUGGAGGCUCUCGCGUCCCGGCUGCAUCCUCGCCCUCUCCCAGCUCACCAGCAUUGAUGUUAGCAUCUGGACAUAUCUCGACCUGGGUGAGGCGGCCACAGCAUUCACAGACGCUUUCCGAGAAGCCCCUCUUCUCAAACAUCUGGCAGUCGCCUUCAGGGACGAUAUCAUUGACGACUAUGAUUUCCUGGAUGAUUGCGAUAUCGAAGGCCUUACGCUGGCGCUCAUGCGACAACGACUUCCUUCCAUCAAGACUUUUCGGUUGACCAAUGGUGUCUUAGGAGCACAUAGUGCCGCAGACUUUAUCUUCAUGAAUCCGACGCUGGAGGUCUUUUCGGUGAGAGAAAGCAAGAUUAUCGCCUGCACAUGUUUACGAAGAGGCGGGAGCAUUGCUGAGAGACUGGAAGUUGUGACGGGAUUCAAAGGCUUUCAGGUCGAUGAUCGGACUUGCGAAAAUUGA